AUGCCACACCAAGUCCUGCCCGAGCUAUGGCCGCUGAUCAUCCCACACCUCCGUCGCCCUCUUCCUCCAACUCACACCGCCUUACCUACCCCUCGCUCUGCGCUGAAGCAGCCUGAUCUCGUAUCGGCCCUGACGGUCUGCAAGGAUUGGUAUCACAUCGCGAGCAGAGCUCUCUAUCCGGUCGCGAUUACAAAUUCGUUCCCCCUCCUCCUUCGAGGCGUCGAUGAUCCCCCAAUACCGAAUAUCCCCUCCAAGCGCGAGCUCCUCGGGCGAAUCAAACAUCUCUACCUCGAGCCGGCGGACGUCCUGCUCGCCUCUGCCGACACGCCAGUCUUUCCAAACCUGCAGACCCUUUCAGUCGGCGCGUUCUCGGGCUCAACUCAGUUCGCUGCGCAGGACCAGAGACAGACGGACGUCGAAUGGGACUACAUCGAAGAGGCUCGGGAGGCUGCCAGUCGCAUCCUCGUCGCCCAUCCCCAGCUUCGACAUCUAUGCGACUGGGGUUGGACAAACGACUCCGAUUACUGCCCGAUCCCCCCAUCACAAACAUCCUACGCCCCGAUCCGCCGCUACAUACACACCCCGCAUGCCCCUUCAGACAGUCUGGCUCAUAUGGGGUCCGACCGCACGGCAGUGGAGCGACUCGUCUGGGCAGCUCUGAUGGAUAGACAGGAGGUGGUCCACGAGAGCGACAAUUCGGACCAGUCAAAUCCUCGCUGCGGCUUUGACGAAAGUCUUUACAUCAUGAUCCCUCCGGAUGGCGGACAAGGCGAGCUCUCAUCCAAGAAAGGCCGCAUAAUGUGGAGGCGUCAGGCGAAAUUCAUGCAGGAGGUCGUCGACAAUAUGAUCGCGGAGGAUGCGGAGGAUCUACGUGACUGGUACAAGCCGUGGGACUCGUGGACCGUCUCCCAGCUCUUUGACGCGCCGCGGUGCCAGGCGUGCGGCUGGUGCCCGGGAAAAGCGGAGGAGGGAGGCCGUGUAGGUGUAGAGUUGGAGAUUGAAGCUGCGAAGGGUAUGAGUGCUGUACGCGCGGAACCGCGCGCUGCUGAGACACUUCCGCGCUAUAUCCGAUAG